AUGUCUGGCGAGGACGCAUAUCCUCCACGGCCUUUAUCAGUUGCCAUUCCGAGUAACAUGGGUACCCACGGUGUCUACUCGGCGCGGAGACCGAACUUGAGAGAAAUCCUCGCCAACACAUCACCGCCGCCAUGGACCUUGGCUGCAUUCAUGGCAUAUCUGUCAAAUAACCACUGUCUCGAGACGCUCGAGUUCACCAUGGACGCCGGCCGGUACAAGAAGCACUAUGCGAAAAUGAUGGCAAGGGUGGCAGAAGGCGCAUUACCCGCUGAAAAAGAUCAAGACUAUGUUCGAGCUUUGUGGCAACGUUUAGUCGAGGCUUACAUUGAGCCCAAUGGGUCCCGUGAGGUCAACCUGCCAUCAUCUGUGCGAGAUCCGAUCCUCAGCCUCAAGCCCACCUCACAUCCCCCAACGCCAGAGGCGCUUGAUCCCGCAGUUGCAAAAAUUUACGAGCUCAUGGAGGAAUCGGUCUUGGUUCCCUUUCUCAACAGCGUAUAUCCACAGAGCGCGCACGCUGGCACGUUAUCUACGUGGCCCGGCAAUGGAUCUUCAGAAAGCCUAUCUUCGAGGACACCGGAUGAUCGCUCAUUCUACGGCCGAAGACCUCGACAAAGCACAAACUCGCCACAGCUCCAGCACUCGUAUAGCAACUCGGCGCCCUCGAGGAAGUCGGCACCUGUUCCUCUCGUAGCUCCCACGCACAGGUCCAGGUUCAGCACGAAGCUGUCGCCGACUACUUCCGCGCCUUCCGGUCUGUGGUCGAAUUCUACAAUAGACGAAUCAAUCGGCGAUGGUUCCGAUAACGCUGGUGCUGGCUCUUCGGGAGAUCGAGGCAUGACAGACGACAGCGGCAGUACCAGUAGCCCUGCGCAUGACAGCCCUAUGACGCCGCCCGUCAGCCCACAUGCGAGCGAUGCGAACAGUCCAAAACGAGACUCCGGCAUGUGGAAGAAGCUCGGCCGGCUCAGUAAAGUCGGGAGGAAGAAAAGCCACGGAGGUCUCAAGGAAGAACAAUGA